AUGGAUCAACGAAAGCCGCCAACUGGUUUCCAUUCAUACAAGGCUACCCCGUCAGCUCAACCAUCAAAUCAAGAUGGAUAUCGACACUCUCAUGGACCUCCAGUACCGACUGCCUUCGCAGCAUCACCGAUGACGUUUGGGUACAACUAUAAUUACAAUCAGUCAUCAACAUCCGCUUCGGUUUGGUCUUCUGCUCAAUCUACUGCAGUCCGUCAAUAUGCUCAUCUGAAUGCAGCGGCACCAAAUAUGCCUUGCUUGGGUAGCACAAGCACAACACAGCAGCAUCAAUCACAACAACAACAAAUAGAGACAUGGACUUGUGAUGCGUGCGACGUAACUGUGGAGUCGGAACGCGCACUCAAGGCUCACAGAAAAAGUCACGUCAAGUGCACGGAAUGCUCAUUCGAAGGUGCACCAAAGAUUGUGAAGGCUCACUAUCUGGCAAGUCAUGGUAAAUUUUCUGGUUCGGGUUUCAAAACUGUUACGGUCGCUGUUCCUGGAUGCCGUGUUCAAAGGUUUCGAGUUUGUGUGGGUAAUAGACCAGAGGAUAUUCAAAAGUGGAUCGCUGAUAGGAAAAAGCGCUUCCCGAGGCAAGCAAAUGCGGAAUCGAACGAAACGAAUGUGGCCUCUCCAACGAAGGACACCACUGCAAAAGCUUCCAAAACUACGGGGCUCUCAUCACUUUUAGGUGGCUAUGGCUCUUCAUCUGACUCAGAGGAUGAAACCCCUGACGAGAGGGAAGAGGAGAAAAAGGAUGACAUGCAAAAGUCGCUUGUGCAAGAAACUACUACUCACUUGACUGAAAUAUCCACGACCAAAAAGCCCAGUACAUGUACUUCUCCGAAUGCAAGAAUACCACCUUCAAUGGGUUCUCGACCGUGUCGAUACUUUAUGAAAAAUGGAAAGUGUUUGAAUGGGGAUGCAUGUCGAUUCAGUCACGAUCUGAGCAAUCAACCCAAACGGAAACAUGAGGAUACAAGGAAACGAAAACGAGGAAAGUCCUCAUCGAAUGACACACUUCUGCGGAAACUGCUAUCAAAUGAUGUUGAUAGAGAAGAGACUCUUGCCUUGCAGUUGUUGGAACAUAUUUUCGACUCAAAUUUCUUUGAUGGCGCCCAUGAAAGUAAGAAAGGGCCUAAGCUGAACUGA